CACAUUUGAUCUCUAAAUGAAAGGAAUGAUGUGCUUGUUCCAUUUAAUGCAGGUGUUGGUUCUGCUGAACUGGGGGGCCUCUGCUUUUGAUGAAGAAACAAGUAAUCAAAGCUUGGCUGAAACCUGUGGAAACCCUGUAGAAGUCAGCAGCCACAAUGCUUGGGGGCAGGAAGCAAAGAAGGGACAGAAUCCUUGGCAAGUGAUCUUGCAACUUCCCGGAAAAAGAGCGUGUGGUGGAACCCUCGUCAGUAACAACCUGGUUCUGACUGCAGCUCAUUGUGUGGCAAGGGUAAACGCCUCCUCUGUUACCAUAACCCUUGGGGCCUACAGUAUAACUGGAAAUCCUGAUGGAGAAGUUUCUGUUCCAGUGGAAAAGAUCCUUAUAUUUCAUAGAUACAAUAACUCAGAUUCCCCUGUUGAUGUUGCCAUUGUAGGGCUCUCAUGGAACGUCAACUUCACUGACUUUAUUCUUCCAGCCUGUCUGCCUACACCUUCCACUGAAUUUCUGCCUGGGCAUAAUUGCAAAGUAACUGAGUGGGGACAAUCUGAGCUUCAUAGUACCAACCCAAAACCAGUUACUUUACAAGAAGUGGAAGUGCAGUUGAUAAGUGUUGAGCAGUGCAAGAGCUUUUAUAGCCAAGCGACAAACAAUAGUAACAUUACAGAUGAUAUGAUAUGUGCAACAGACAUCCAUGGAGGAAGAGGUGCCUGCAAAGGUGAUAAAGGGGCACCACUGGUUUGUAUGGAGGGCAAGCAGUGGUACUUGGUUGGAAUAAUGACUAGCGGAUAUGGCUGUGGAACGGGAUUCCCUGGAGUUUAUAUUUCUGUUCCUGCCAUGGAAAAAUGGUUUCCAGAAUCAUUUAUCUCUAAUAGAGGAUCAACAAGGACAAGCUCAGCAGUUGAGGGAAUACACUGGAUAUUCUUUACGCUAUAUCUCUGUUGGAUGACACUGUCAACCCCCAUUAAUAGUAUAAUGCUGGGCGUUGCUACUCGGGUGCAGUUGUGAGCCCUAGGGAGCCUUAUUCCUUCCAGACUCACCAUGAUGGAUUGUUGGGGAAUAUUCUGCUAAAGUUUUAGGAAACAUUCAAUUUUAUGGCAUACAACUGUUUACUGCAUUAUAAAAAAACAUAAACUCCAUACAGACAUUUUAAGAAUAAUCUAUUUUCCUUAUUGUUGAUGUUGUUUUAGAUUCUAUCAUGUAAACAUAAAAAUUCCAGCAAAUGUUUGUGGAUGUUUUUAAUAAGCAACUGGUGGAUGCAAGAAGAUAUUGAGUAUAUCCAUUAUCCACACCCAGAUCCACACACAUACAAUUACCACCAAGGAGCCAUUCCUUUUAUUCUGAAGGUCUACAGAGCCCAUUCCCAUCAUCGGUCAACCCCCUACAUCAUCAGUCAGCAACCCUACAUGAAACAUGGGCAGUGCAAUGAUUUCCUUCAUAUUCAUAACAUUUCUAUAUUCCACCCUUGUAAAACCUUCUGGGCAAUUCUUAGUUUUCUGUUUUCCACACGUGGCCAAACUUAGUAAUGUUAACACUAAUACAUACCGAUCUUCCUGUUACCUCACCCAACUACAGCGAAGCCUCACAGUUGAGUUGCACACCACAGGGAUUACCUGGUAUGGCUACUCCUCUCUCUACUCGCUCACUUUUCUCUUUCUGAUGUAUGCAAGCCAACUGGCACCACACAGGUAAUUUAUAAGGGUCCCAACCUACCUUAGGAAUAGAGUAAGAGCUAAAUGUUUAUGGAG